CCUCAGAGCUGCCAAGAACGCGAAUUAGUUCGGCUCGAGGUUCAGGUGAUAUAAGAAUUGGUUUGGCUGGCGGAGAAAAAUGUGCAAAGUAAAAGGAGGAAUUGCCUUCAUUGGGUGCCUCUUGCUGUUUGGUGCUCAGCGCACAGUCGCUCAAUGGUCGGAUAUUUGCGGCGACGAGGCGGACGGAACGCGUUUGCCUUUGGCCCUGGACUGCGGACGGUUUGUGGUGUGCCAGGAGCGUGAAGUGGCCGAGAUUCGCCGUUGUCCACGCGGCCUGCAUUUCAAUGCGCAGCUGGGCGAGUGCGAUUUCCAGUGGCGGGCCGAGUGCUUGGGUCUUUCGUUAUUUGGCAAGGCCGCCAGCGACGAGGAGUGCGUGUGCACAUGCUGUGCCGAGGAAUGUCCAGACGGCGAUCUGGAUCAACCGACCACGCACUGCCCGCCAGAGGCGGAGAAGACCACCCCAAGAGAUGAGGGCGAAACAGACAGCGUGACGGACAACGUGACGGACAAUACAGAGACAUUACCCAGUGAGGGCACCACCAGUGCGGGCACCACCCAGGAGAGCCCCACCAGUGCGGGCACCACCAGUAAGAGCACCACGAGGGAGAGCACCUUCGACACGGAUCCGACAGAAGCGCCCGGCAGCUCAUCCACCCCCCCAACUGGCGGCGAGGUGCCCGCCUACUGCAGCGACAAGCGCACGGAUUGCGUCAAUGAGCCGGACGGUGCCUUGCUUCAGUUAUAUGGCGUCUGCACAAAGUAUAUUCAAUGCAGUCAUGGCUGUUACAUGGAGCGAACCUGUCCCAGUGGCCUGUACUUUGAUCCCAGUCAGAAUGCGUGCAACAAUCCGUGGAACGUGGACUGCACCCCAGCGGACACGGAUGAUGCGGACGGCGAGCUGGUUGGUCCCUCGGGCACCAGCUGCAGCGAUCAGGGCGUUUGCGCUGGACAGCGGGACGGCAAAAUGUUCGCCAAUCCCGAUACCAAUGGCUACUUUGUGUGCCAGUGCCAGUGUCCAGUUGCCAUGCCCUGCGAUGCGAACACCAAGUUCAACGAGACGGCGCAGGUGUGCGAUUGGGACCGCACAUCCGGUACAAUCGGGGGCAGCAACAGUGUGAUCUGUCCCGAUGGCCUGGUCUACAAUGCCACCUCGGAUCAGUGCGACUAUCCGGACGGCUAUGUGCCGGAAGUCGUAUGCGAGAACAACAGCACCAUUUGCCAGGGUCAGCCGGAGGGCACGCUCUUUCCCAUAGAGGGCAUUUGCAAUAAGUUCUACAAGUGCAACUAUAACUGUGCCGUGGAGAAGAUAUGUCCCAACAAUCUGCUCUACGACUCGGAGGCCGAGCUCUGUGAUUAUCCACAGAAUGUGGACUGCCCCUGGGAGCACACACCACCAUCGGGCCCGAAUGCCGGACCCUCCGGCAUAUCCUGCGAGAGCAACGGCCGCUGUCUGGGACAACGCGAGGGCACACUGUUCCCAUCCCUGACCAGCUGCAGUGGCUAUGUGGUCUGCCAGUGCGAGUGCGAGGUUCCAAUGGAGUGCAGUCAGGGUUUGUAUUGGGAUCAAACACUGUACACUUGCAACUAUGCGGAUAAAGUUGAUUGUUCCCUUUAGGAAAAUCGAGUUACAUUAAUAAAGGAAAAUCAGAAAUU